UGUAGUUAAACUUGAAUGCCUCUUGAAAAUUUAUGUAUCUGAUACAUUUUUUGCAUUUAAUGUGUUUUCUAAACAUAUGCUAUAAGCGGAAUCAUAUUUAACUAAGCAAGAAUUUAGUUGACCGCGAACGUAUGAGGAUGUGUAUUCAAUAAUUGAAUAGGAUGUAGACAAGGGGUUAUAAAUAAACGAAGGUACCGCAUCGCUCAUUCACUAGUCAGCCAUGAAACGGUUAACAAUAGUAUUGGUAGCUCUGUUCAGCUACGGCAAUGCCAAAUCAGAAACCCCCCAAUCGUGCGACAGCCCCGUAUACUGUCAAGGAGACCUGCUAGAUACAGUACAAACAUUCCAAAUAUUCAGCGAUUCCAAGACCUUCGUGGACAUGAGCCAAGUCAACUCGGUGAACAAAACUCUCGACAAUUUCAAGAAAUUUAUGAACAGUACCAACAACAACCCGACUAAAGAAGAAGUGAAAACAUUCGUAGAAGAAAAUUUUGUCAGCAAAGGAGAACUGGAGGAUUGGACACCUCCUGAUUUCAACAGCAACCCCACCUUUUUAAAGUCUGUAGACGACCUAGUCGUCAGGGACUUCGCAAGGACCUUGGUCAGUAUAUGGCUGGACCUAGGCAGGAAAGUAAAGAGUGAGGUUAGCGAGGACCCUAACAGGUACUCCCUGAUCCCUCUACCAAACGGUUUUAUUGUACCUGGGGGCCGGUUUCAAGAGGUUUAUUACUGGGAUUCCUACUGGAUCAUCAAAGGGUUGCUACUCAGCGAAAUGACUGACACAGCUCGUGGUAUGCUAGAAAAUUUCCUUUCGCUCAUAGAAAGAUACGGAUUUAUUCCUAAUGGUAGCAGGGUGUACUACUUAAAUCGAUCACAACCACCCCUUCUAGCGCUAAUGGUUGGUUUAUACAUGGAAAAUACUAACGACGUCGACUGGUUGAGGCAGUAUAUCGACGUGGUGGAAGAAGAGUUGAGAUGGUGGCUUAGCAAUAGGGUAAUCGACGUAGAAAAAGACGGUGUCAAGUAUACUUUGGCUCAUUAUGCGUCCGAGAGCGGUACUCCAAGACCCGAAUCUUAUUUCCAGGAUGUUACUACGUGUUUGGCAUUCGAAGAUCAGACUGAUAAGGAAAAUUGUUACAAAAACCUCAAAAGCGGCGCCGAGAGUGGCUGGGACUUCUCAACAAGAUGGUUCUUCGACGCCGAAGGUGGAACCAACACCAACCUCACCGGCAUCCAAACAAGACGAGUCAUCCCCGUGGACCUCAACUCCUACCUCUGCAAAGCAUUCAAAGUUAUGGCCCAACUGUACACCCUAAUCGGAAACGACAAGAAAUCCUACGAGUGGCAAGAAAAGUCCUCCUCCUGGCAAAAAUCAAUAGAACUAGUCCUGUACGAUAAGGAGGACGGUAUAUGGCACGACUACGACACUGUCCUCUCCCAACACAGAAAACUGUUCUUCCCUAGCAACUUCGCCCCCCUCUACUGCGACUGCUACGACACUUCCUUCCGUAACGAAUACGGAUCUAGGGCGGCCAAGUACUUCGUGGAUCAGGGAAUCAACGACUAUCAAGGUGGCAUACCAACAUCUCUGGAGCGGAGCGGAGAACAGUGGGACAUGCCGAAUGCCUGGCCCCCUCUACAAGAGAUAGUCAUCCUAGGUCUCAAAAAUACCGGUAACUUGGAGGCGUUGAAGAUCUCUAAGAACUUCGCCAAACGGUGGGUAGACGCUAAUAUCAGAGGCUACAUCAGCAACAAGGAGAUGUAUGAGAAAUAUGACGCCAUUAAUUCUGGCGAAUACGGAGGAGGUGGGGAGUACACAGUCCAGGCCGGAUUUGGGUGGACGAAUGGCGUGGCACUGUCUAUUAUAAAUACUUUUUAUGUCAAUGAUGAGAAAUAUAAAUUAGCUAGGAGGCGCUAAAAGUG